CACAGAAGCCAGCGAGAGGAGUCUGUUUUCUGAAGUUUUAACUUCAUUUACUGGGAUUGUUUUGGGGUGAAGAUGGACGUUUCACUUGAGGCACAAACCAAACCGCUUGCUACCUUGUCUGCAUUUAGUUACAUCCCACCACGACGACAGGAACCAAAGGAAAUGACAUAUUUUAACACAGACUCAAAGGUCCAAGAAGUCUCCAUGUACGAUCAAGUGUUCCACCAGGCGGAGGGUUACGAUAUGAGACUGCACCGAGAUGACAGAAAGCACCAUAAAGGAAGAGGACUAGACAUGAACGAGGAGGAGAAGUCCAGAGCCAUGCCGGUGCGCUCCUCUGCAGAAUACGGCCGUCGUUCUGUUCCCGCCCUCUACCAAACAGGCCGUCGGUGCAAUCGUGUGGCUUGCAUAAAAGCUGAAUUCUUCAUGAAAAAUGGGAUCAUCUGGGAUGUGGCACAAGGAUACGGAUCAGUGGCCCCUAUGUGAAAGCCUCAAACGUCACAGCAUGAGAUCAAAGUGUUUGAUCUCACUGUGAAAAUAAUAAACCAGUGUUGCAGAGUGUACA